GUAUAUUUGGAGAUCGAAGCGGUCAAUAAAGAAUACACAGCCGAAAAGUUCAUCGACCAAACGCCAGAGUAUUUCUCAGGAACCGACACAGAGAUACCCCGUUGGAAGAGACUGCUGAUGGCACAGAAAAUUGCCAAAGAAGCGAUUAAAAAACGCGAAGAUGAAUUAUGGCGCAAUAAAGAAUAUGAGGCAAUCUAA